AGGGCCGCGAUGCCCUCAUCCGGCCCCUGGCGACGGUUGGCAUCCGUGGCUGCGGUUUCUCUGCGCAACUCCGCACCCUGAGUUUCCCGCCUGCCGGGAUCGGGGGAGGGCGCCCGUGAGCGGGGCGGGCAGGCUCUGUCUUUAGGGUUCUUGGUGGCUGUUGGCUGGCUGGGCGCCUGGCAGGAGCUGGGGGACUCAGUCUACCCCCGUGUAGGGCUGGGGUACCCAGAGGCGGGCGCAUGCAGACCUGCCACCCUCUCAGCCAGGCGGGAUCAUGGGCUGGGGAGCCGGAGGGAGCUGCACCCCGCGCCCACCCAUCCGCCCGCAGACGGCGCAGGAGACGCGCGUGAUCACUGUGGUGUUCCUCGGCCUCCUGCUGGACCUUCUGGCCUUCACUCUGCUGCUGCCCCUGCUGCCAGGGCUGCUGGAGAGCCACGGCCGCGCCCACGACCCCCUCUAUGGCUCGUGGCAGCGGGGAGUGGACUGGUUUGCCGCUGCGAUCAGGAUGCCGGCAGAGAAGCGCUACAACAGCGUCCUCUUCGGAGGUCUCAUUGGCUCGGUCUUCUCCUUCCUGCAGUUCCUCUUGGCUCCACUCACGGGGGCGAUCUCGGACUGUCUGGGGAGGCGCCCGGUGAUGCUGCUGUCCCUGCCGAGGCAUGGCAGUCAUCGGGGUGGCCUUCUCACUGGGCUUCACCCUGGGCCCCAUGCUGGGUGCCUCCCUGCCCACGGAGACAGUACCCUGGCUGGCCCUGCUCUUCGCUGCCUCCAACCUGCUGUUCAUUUUCUGUUUUCUGCCAGAGACUCUGCCCCCAGAGAAGCGGUCCUGCCCCCACCCCAGGCACCCUCCAUCACCCCUGGGUUCCGAGCUGCUGCAGAUCUGCUCAGCCCCCUGGCCCUGCUCCGUUUCUCUGCCGUGGCCCAAGGCCAGGACCCACCAGCUGGAGACAGACUUGAGAGCCUCCGCCGCCUGGGCUUGGUGUACUUCCUCUACCUCUUCCUGUUCUCCGGCCUGGAGUACACGCUCAGCUUCCUUGCCCACCAGCGCUUCCAGUUCAGCAGCGAAGCAGGGGUGCUCAGCCAGCUGCAGGGCCCAAGUGCUCACCGCUCCCUUGCCUCCAGCCUCCAGCAGGGAAAGAUGUUUUUCUUCAUCGGCCUCACCAUGGCCGCCGUGCAGGGUGCCUACGCACGGAGGAUCAGCCCUGGUGGGGAGAUUGCAGCUGUGAAGCGGGCCAUCUUGCUGCUCGUGCCGGCCUUCCUCCUCAUCGGCUGGGGGCUCACGCUGCCCGUGCUGGGCUUGGGGCUGCUGCUGUACUCCUUCGCUGCCGCAGUCGUGGUGCCCUGCCUGUCCUCUGUGGUUGCCAACUAUGGCUCAUCCGGGCAGAAAGGCACAAUCAUGGGUACCCUAAGGAGCCUGGGCGCCCUGGCCAGGGCAGUGGGACCUAUGGUGGCUGCCUCAGCAUACUGGCUGGCAGGGGCCCAGGUCUGCUUCACCAUGUGUUCCGGCCUCUUCCUGCUCCCCUUCCUGCUCCUGUGGAAUCUGAGGCCUCCAGCCCACGCUCUCAAGGCUGAGUAGCUGAGCCAGCCCCGACCUGCGCUGGGGCAGGGGAGGCCUGGGCCAGGGACCUCCUUCCCCCUGGGCCCAACCCAGGACAGCCCAGGGCCUGCAGCCCCAGAGGGCCCGACACCCUCCUGGGUCCUCCCUAGGUGUUGCUGGCCCUGCCUGUCCCGCUGGGAACAUGACUCCAAAACCUUCCAGGCUUUCUCUUGGCCUCUCUUUCAGCAGCACAGUUUCAGCUAGGCCUCUGAAUGUCAAAAUAAAACAGCUGUUUCAGAU